AUGAAAUUUGAUAUUUAGAAUUUCUUGGAAAAAUGUUCAAGAAUAUUAAUUUUAUUGGCAAAUAUUACUUAAAGUUCUUGGUGGAUGUAUUUAGAGAUAUCUAGUGGAGAAUCAUUAAAUUAUAUACUUCUACCUUUACUAUUAGCUAACUUGAUAACAAGGGUUUUUUAGUAUAUUUUAAUGGAAAAUAAACAUAGUAUAAAUUCAGUACUACCUAUUUUGUCUUUAACAUAUUAUGUUUUAUAUUUUGAAUUAUUGUUUUUAUAGGAUAAUGACAAUUAAUUACUCAUUUACUCUAAUAGUUUAAUAUUUACUAUAUCAUAUUUUGAUUAUUUGAAGAUUGAUGUUCAAAGAAAUAGUUUUAUUUGUAAAAUAGGAUUACCUUUUUAUCUUUCAAUAAAAAUAAUCUUGUACAAUAUAAGUUAAUCAAGUUAUAAAGCAAUAGAAAGCUUAAUUUUAAUUAUUCUUAUUGUGAUUCAUUAAAUAAUUACACACUAUUGUUAAUUUAAUUUAAAUACUAACAAUAAAACAAAUGAAAAAUAAGUCACAAGAAAAUUGGAUAAUCUAAACUCACCAAUUUCUGAAAAUUAUUUAAUGCAAUCUUAAAUAAAAUAUUAGAAAAGUAAUUCAGUUGUUUAAACUCCGAAAUAAUGUUUUACUACAAUAUUAAAAGAUCUUCCAAAUGAGGAAAAAUUAAAAUAAUAUUCAAUUAUUACUAGUUUCUCAAAGUCAUAAAUUUUUUAUAAAAGCUUAGGUAGCUCAGAUCAUUCAGCAUUUUAAUUGUAUAACAAUUUGAUCAAUUUAUUUCCUUAUGGUAUAUUAAUAGUAAAUUAAUAAUAAUAAGUGAGUUAAUUAAAUAAUAAAUGUGAAAAAAUAUUAGAAUGCAAAGGGACAUAAUAGGUAUUAGAGAAAAUAAAAAUGUGUGUAAAUAGUGCAAGGAUGCAAGAUUAUGAAAUAGAAUAAUCAAAUAUAUAAUAAAAAAAGUAACUUCAUUAUAGAACUUUAUAACUAAUAGUAAGAAAGCUAAAUGAGAGAGAUUUUCCAAUAGAUAUUUUAGAUAUAAUUAUGCAACCAUCAAAAUAUACACCAAUUAUAGAUUAAAUUGACUAAUAACAAAUUAUCGAAACAUUUCACUAACAAAUUUUUAUUUAUGAGUGGUUAAUGAACUCUGAAAUGAUGCAUAAUUGUUCAUAAAAGAAAUUGAAAUUAAUAAUCAUUCCUACCUCAAAUAACAAUAUAUAAUAAGAUUACAUUUCUGCUGCCUCUUAAGUUAAAUCUUUAAGUAAAAGUAACUUUACAUUUAGUGAUGAUUAAGAUAAUUCUGUUUUACUCAUUAUGAUAAAAAAUGUAACAAAUAAAUACAAAUGUUAAUAAAUUAGAGAUGAGUAAAUAAUUCAUCAUAGUCUUAUAAAAUCCUUUUCUCAUGAAUUAAGAACUCCAUUAAAUAGUUGUUAGUAAAUGUUAAAUCUAAUGAAGAGUUAAGAUUUAACAUCAAACUUAUAAGAAUGCAUUGAUAUAGCUCAAUGUUCUUUAGCUUUGUUAAUUCAUUAAAUAAAUGAUAUUUUGGAUUAUGCUGCAAUUUAAUCUUAAUAAUUUUCUUAUCAUAUCAAUAAUUUUGUACUCAAAGAAAUAAUUGAAGAAAUAGAACAUUUAUAUAAUUUAUAGAUGAAAUAAAAAAAAAUAGAAUUCAAUAUAAAAGUUGCUCAAAAUUUAAUUGGUAAAAUAGUUUAAAACGAUAAGCAAAGGAUUAUAUAAUUACUAGUAAAUGUUUUAAAUAAUGCAAUUAAAUUCACUUAAGAAAGAGGUUGUAUUACACUAAAAAUUACAAAUAGCGAUAUUUUUUUCUUAAAUUUCAAAGUAAAAGAUAAUGGGAUUGGGAUAGAUCAUUCAAAAUUAUGUAUAAUCUAGAACUGCAUAAAAGAUACAGUUAAAUUUGGCUCUGUAUUAAAAUCAUAAUAAGAAAAAUAAUAAUAAGGAUUAGGUUUAAAUAUUGCAGCCAAAUUAGUUUAAGGCUUAGUUGAAUCAUAAGAUAAUUAAAUAAUAAUAAGUUCAAGAAAGAAUUAAGGAACUGUAGUGCAAUUUAAAGUGUAAAAUUACAUAUAAAAUACUUUAUCCCAAUCCCAUUUCUUUACUUUAUAAAGCUCAAAAUCAAAUUAAUCAAUAAGUUAGAGCUAGUAUUAAGAAGCAUAAUUUGAGGAUAGUAAAAUCAUUAAGUCAUAUACUUCUAGAGUUGAACUUGAUAGAGAAUAUUAAGAUUAAUAAUCUAAAUCUGAAUCCUAUAACAAUACUUCAAGAAUAAAUGAUUAUGAUAAAUAACCUGAUAUAUUGGUACCAGCUAGUCAAUACUUUUCUGAAAAACUUUUAGAUUCAAAUAAAAGUUUGUAAAAAUUAGAAGAUUCUAUUUUUUCUAAUAGAUAAUAUUCUAUCUGCUAAAAAUGUAAACAUGUAUUGAUUGUUGAUGAUGUUCCAUUUAAUUAAAUUGCUUUAAAAAUGAUUCUUUAGAAAUAUUAAAUUGAUGCUGAUUAAGCAUUUGAUGGAUUUUAAGCAAUAGAAAUGGUAAAACAAAAAAAGUAGCUACAUUGUUCAAUCUAUAAAUUAAUUUUUAUGGAUAUUGAGAUGCCAGGAAUAGAUGGAUUUUAAACAAGCAAAUAAGUAAAUCAUUUAAUAUUCCUAGAUUCUUGAAUUGAUGCCAAAAUAGCCGAUGAUAGUGAUUUGUUCAGCAUAUGACUCUUAAGAUAAUUAUCUAGAAAGUUAAAAAUUAGGUAUUAAUACUUUUCUUCAAAAACCUGUUAAAUAAUAGGAUUUAGAAGUAUUAUUAAAGAAAGCUUUCCAAAACGAAACAGAUUGA